GCUUAUGCGAACAAUCGAGAUAGAUCAAUAGCUAUUGAGAUAUAUCUUCAAUAGCCGCGUGUAACAUCAGUUGAGGACGACUCGGUGAAUAGUAAACUACGCUCUCCUCGCGUCCGCGUCAUAUCUCGGACUUCACAAGGACAAUAACCCCUCCGACGAUGUUACUGAUGUCUUCGCAAUACAAGAUGCUGCUGACGGUGACAAUAAUCGUCACUCUGUCUGCAAUAGCUACUGCAUCGUUUGACUGCCGUCGGAAAGGACAGGACUGUAAAAAUAGCGGUACCUGCAAUAACACCGGAAGCUGUAUUUGCGCCACUGGCUAUGAGGGUUACAAUUGCCGUAUCGAGACAGCGGGAAGAGCAGGUAGCAACUGUACGUCCGAAUGUCACCACGGCGGUGUCUGCGCCAACAACACAUGCAUCUGUACCGAGAAUUACUAUGGAAGUACUUGCAGCAACAACAGAGAGCAAAUACUGUGUUUCGGAGACAAAAAGGCCAUCCACAUCAACCCGGAAGGCUUUCAAGGCACGAUAUACAUCGCUGGAAAUCGCAACAUGGUCAACUGUACCUUCAAAAAUGUUACUGAUGUCAUCCCAACUCUUCCGCAGAACGUUACUUGGGAUGAAGGUUAUGCGAUUUUGAUUCUUGAUAACAGUUCGGAGUGUGGAUCAAUCACCACAAGGACAAACGACACAGAGGUGAUUUACGAGCGUUUUGUCAACAUCGAGUAUGACGAACUUAUUGUGACAACGCUGGACGAAAGACUCAGUGCCAAGUGUGCAUUCGAGAACAGCACUGUUCGAACACUUUAUGGGGACGUGGUGUCGGCGGGGGUGACUGCUGCUCAGUACACGAAUACCUCAAUCACCAACAUCUAUGAGCCUGUGGUGUUCAAGGUAACCAACAAGAAUCAGCCCUUGAGUACUGCCCCCAUGCUGAUAGGCGAGGAACUCACCUUCUCAUUCAACAUUCCUGCCGAAACAGGGUAUGCGUCGGUAAUUGUGAUGAGUCUCACAGCUAAUGAUACCUUGGAUCGUGGUAAAACGUUUCCCAUCAUAGACAACAAGUGCCCUGUUAAAGAAGCAGCCUCUGUGUUGACGACCCUCGAACGAUCAACUGAUAACAGAACAGUUACAGUGAAAGUCAAAGUGUUUAAAUUUGUUGGCAAUGACAAGGUCGGCUUCUCAUGUACUGCCAGAAUAUGCAAGGAGGGCGACACACAGUGUGACGAGUCCACGUGUAGUGGACAAACGACGCUAACAGGCAUCGGGCGCCGGAAGAGGGAGGCUGCAAACGAGAAGACCAUCGAGACGGUUGUCAAGGUCACCGAGGACCCCAAAGAAGCUGCCGCAACCGGAACAGCACCGACAGUUAACCCCUCAGAAGGAUGCAAGGACGACUCAACCCCAGAGACCGACGACAGCGAGUGCCUGAUGAAGAAAGAGAUAAUUGUUGUCCUCGCCAUAAUGGCGGCCACCGUAGUGAUCCUCAUGAUCGCCUGUAUCGUGCUGACGUGCAAGCUGCUGAAGUCUGGCACCAAGGUUGUCGACGUCCCCCACUCGGAAUACCAGCCCUCAGUAUCCCUGCCACGACUCACCCCGGCUAAUUUCUAGAUCUGGAGAGCUAGGGAGCGACGAUGUCACGUCGUCUUUCAGCUGGUCCUGUAUUAUUCGCUGUGGUAAAAGGUCAAUGAUAUACGAACCUUUCUUUUCAAGAUGAUCUCAACGCCAGUAUAGCCUCCCAUUGUGGACGUAUUUCGUAAAGCUUUCUUAAGUUGUUACACGCCUUCUGUUGCUACCGGUAAGGCAGGCGUGUUCCCCCUUCUCGCAAACACCUGUUGUCAUAACUGAUUUUCAGUGAUCCAUUCAUGUCAUUUUCACCGCUAUUUUGCCUUUUAGGCCCAAAUGUAUCUGCUUCGGCGGAAAGUCCAGACUAAUUAUUUGGCUUUUAAUAUGUACAUAUGCUUGAAGCCAUGUUUUAGUUACGUGGUUAUAAAAUUAAAUUCUUGUCUACUUGGAAAACCAAUCUUACGGGCAACUGCAGCUCUUGGUGAAGUCUAUAUAAUAUACUCUUCAUAAAAAGAAAGUACACAUUGACUUUGAUGAUGUCUGCAAGAUAACGUGGAGAUAGGAUGCUACGUCACACAGGUCUGCGAGCAACAAUACCUGCCUCACGCGAACGAUUACGUAACGUAACGUAACAGGAUAUUCUUCGUAGCCAGGAAGUAGUAGGGUGGUUGACGUUGUUGGUAAGAAUUGUUAUCGAAGAACUGGAUAUUGCGAUUGGUUAGGGGUUGUUACUCAAGGUCAACAUGACCUUAGUCGGUCACGACCAUGUCCGUCUUGGCCUUUUAACGUCUUGCUGUGUGACUUCACGUGGUCCCGUUUAUCUCCUUUGUCAUGGCUUUCCGACCAUAUAAACAGAUUCGUCAGCACGUUUGGUUGAAGUGAAAUCGAGCAGCUGUUUUUGUACACUUUACUGAAGUAAGACUUAGUCAUUACGUCAUUAUCUGACGUUUUGACAUUACAACACAUUUAUUGUAUGCCCAUAUUCCAUCAAUAGUUUUAUUUACGUCCUUUAAAAUAAAAUGAUGGAUUUAGUAUGUAUAGUUUCUUUUUUUGAAGAGUAUAUAACCAAAGGGACACUGAUCCGAACAACGGUUUGAUAUUAGUUUAUCCGGAAGAUUUUCUGAACCUCCUCUUUGAUGGGGAUAACCUGUAUCCGUAUCAUGUCUGUUACUCACGAUGCUGCUUGUCAUAUCACUGCAACUGUAAUAUAUUCAAAAAUAUGUAUUUAUUAUAUACAUGUAUAUUUUCAUGACGAGAGUUUUAAAUAUGAUUGUAUUACCCUGAUUCUAUGUAUAUAUGUUGAAAAUAUGUCCUUUCUUUU